UUUGAUUUCUUCCCCUCGCCGUUCGGGCAUCAGCAGCGACUCUCGUCCACGUCCUCAUCAACCACAUCGCCAUGUUCACCACACUACGACUCGCUCCCCGCCUAGCCAGGCCGCUGGCUAGGCCGGCCACGCUGGUUAAGCCCCCGUCGCGGGCGCUGCACACCAAAUUCUUUACCUCGAGGACGAAACCGACGAAGCCGACGCCGAGCUUUUCCCGCGGUUACCAGUCGCAGGCCGUCCCCGACCAGGCCGGCCUGAUGCGCAAGUUGCUCGUGGGCGGCGCCGUCUUUGGCGGCACCCUGGUGGCCACUAACCUUGUCUUUAACCGCGAGACGCGCGAGGACGGCGGCAUGCCCUCCUACGAGCGCUCGUACCUCAACUCGACCUUUCUGCACACGGGCGCCGGCGUCGGCAUCAUCGCCCUGUCGGUGCGCCAGAUGGUGCGAUCUGGGUUCGUGUUUCGCAUCAUGGCGACGAACCCGUGGGUGUUUGCGCUGGGAGGACUGGGCAUGAGCUUUGCCACCAUGAUUGGCGCGCGGUCGGUGGACCCGGACAACUACCUCCCCAAGUACGCCCUCUGGACCGCCUUCAACGCCACCCAGGCCGCCCUCGUCGCACCCAUGAUGGCCUUUGUGCCCGUCCCGAUCCUGGCCCGCGCCGGCCUUUACACAGUCGCCAUGAUGGGCACCAUCGCCUUUGUCGGCGCCACGGCCAAGCAGGAAAAGUACCUCUACAUCGGCGGCCCGCUGCUGGCGGGCGGUGCCAUCGUGCUGGCUUCCGGCCUGGCGCCGCUGGUGCUGCCUGUGACGGCGGUCCGCACGCUGGCCAUGACGGAAAAGAUCUGGCUGUACGGCGGCUUGGCCGUGUUUGGCGGCUUCACGCUUUACGACGUUCAAAAGGUGCUGCACCACGCGCGCCUGGCCCAGCACGGCCUUAUCAAGCGCGACCCGGUCAACGAGAGCAUCUCGCUGGAGCUGGACUUUAUCAACAUUUUCAUCCGCAUGGUUCAAAUCCUGAUGAUGCAGAACAGGAGGAAGUGAUUCGGUCAACUACCGAGUAUCCUUGUACGAUAGUUACUUUAGCUCCCCAAAAUCCCUAACAUGAUGGCUCGCGCACUGGUACCCGUCAGGGUUGUUGUGCAGGUACAGCUGGUGAUAAUCCUCGGCGUCCCACCACUUGCCCGCCGCCAGGAUCUCGGUCACGAUCUUGCCCUUCCACCACUGCUCGUUGGCCUGCCGCGUGACCUCGCGCGCGACGGCCUCC